UCGUGAGAUGCUACAGUCCUCUUUACUAUCGCAGGCCAGAUAGUACGAUUCUCUCUACACAAGACCCAACUGCAUCAAUAUGUCGAGCGCAAUUCGUUUGACAUGUCUUCUUGUCGUGGUGGCUGCGUUGACGUCAGCUCAGCGCGAUCUGGAUCGCUUCACCCCAGGCCGUCCAGUCGAGGGUGUGAAUUCAGGCAUCAGACCGGUGUCGGCUGGAGUCGAGACCAGACCUCUACCCAGACCUCAGAUUCAGCCCGUGCCUCGACCUCCUCCAGUGCCCGUUCCUCAGCCUCUUCCAGUUGAAACCAAGCCUCUACCUAGACCAUCAAAUGGGCAGACCAAGCCUGCACGUAGACCUCGUCCAGGCACAACUAAGCCUGCCCGUAGACCUCGUCCAGUCCAGACCAAGCCUUUGCCUCGACCGUCACAGCAAGGAGGCUUCACUGUUCCUGAUCCCAGCCGCCCCCAGGUUCAGCCCCGACCUUCCGGGUAGUUUUCAUGGCAGACUGACAGCGUCAGGCUCAUUGACGCUCCCUGCGGUAGUUGUCCUUACCAAGCAAUCAUCGUUGAAAGAUUUUCAUAAGAAUUUAUUACGAGAUUUAGCAGCAAUUGCUUGUCAAUUGUGAUUAAAGUAAUUUAUGGUCCAAGCUUCCUACAUUUUCUAUGAGUAUCGUGUACUGCCGAUAAAUUGAUGCAAAAAUAUUGCGAACUUUUGAUGCAAACUUUUGAAAUAUUGCGGGAUAUCUCAUAUAUUAUAAAGCAAAAUAUUUCUAAUUUUAAACCGAAAAACUAAUUUUAGCUUAGAUUCUUUGAAAGCUGUCCGUAUCAACCUUUUGUUGUGCAACGAAAUAUCAACGUUUUGACUUCACUGUUUUGAUUUCCUCGUUGGCAGUAAUGCCUGUAUAUGCCUGCUCGAGCUCAGUCAUGUAAUAAAUUAUUGUUGCACG